UCUCAACUCCGUCUUCUAACAUUUUAAACUCGUAAAAGCAGCUCCUCAGAAUUCAGAACCCCCUGCCUCAACGGUUAUCACUGGAGAGCAGCCACCCAGAGCGAGAGAGAGAGAGAGAGAGAUUGAAGAGAGACCCAUAACCCUCCAACCUCCCGACGCACCAGCACUCAGCCAGAGGUGCCAUGGGCGACUUCUCCGCCAGCAGCAUCCACCGUUCCCGCCUCCACGACUGCCACGGCGACGCAAUCAUCAGCCAUCGCGUCGACUCGCCGCAGUCCGUCUUGGACCCCUUGCUCUCUUCCAUGGCCGGCCUCAGCUUCACGCGUCAUCCCCUCCAAGAUCCAAGCGGCCGCAAGAUCACCAAGAAAGGAAAGCGUACCGUGGAGGACUCAAUUCCCCGUGGCUCCCGGCGCAGUGCGAUUGCCUCAUCCGAUUUUACUCCGCCAGCCCCGAUCGUGGUGAAGAGGCGGCGAUUCACGACCCUCAUCGAUGACGAUGACUGCGGAAUGGAUGACGGAGGUGCAACGCCUGGGGUGGCAAGAAAGCUUUGGGACCUCCUUGAUAAGGUGGCUUCGGAGAGCGCCGAUCCUAAGGAAGAGAGGCAGGGGGACUCCAUUGAACCAUGAACUGAAAACGAAGACGAAGUACUUCCUGCGAAAAUAAUAUGGGUUUCCUCGCGAUUAUCCAUGCUAAGGAGUGGUUGAUUCUGUAUACGGUCGGUGAAUUCUUUUGUCUCUACGAAAUUGAAGAGCAUCGCAUUAGGUUGUCUGCAAAUUCUUUCCCUUCCUCUUCAUUUUAUCUCAUCAAAUGUUGCGAAGACACUCUUUGGUUGUCUGUUUCUCGGCGCGCCCAAAUUAAGAAAUUUUUUGGAUGUUGGGGUAAAAGGUUUUGUUAAUGUGGAUUUACUGUGAAAUUUUGAUGUUGAUUCAAUUCGCUGAUUUUUCUUAUUGUUUUUAAAAUCAAAUGCAUCAAAAGUCCAUGUUUUGUUUCUUAACAUCUUGCAGGGUACAAGCUGGGAGCAAGAAGAAGAAGAAGAAGAAGAAAGCAUGUUUGUUUGAUGAUGAAUUAGGUAUACAUGCCUUAAGAGGAAGAAGAAGAAGAAGAAGAAGAAGAAGAAGAAGAAGAAGAAGAAAGCAUGUUCGUUGAUUCUAUUUUUUUGGAUGUUUGGGCAAAAAGUCCUUUGGACGCACUGAGAAAUUCAGGUUGAUUCUGCUGAUUUGAAAUUUUAUUGAGCAAUAGAUUUGAAGACUUGCUGAUUUUGCUUAUUCUUUUUUUAAGUAUAAAGUAGUUGCUUGUUGAUGAUAGAACUUGAACUGCUUGUUGAAAUACUUAAAACCAGCCCUCAUGUGCCUCUGGGAUAAGAAUUUUUUUGUUUAUGUCACGUCAAUCAUUAGUAAAUGUGUGUAAAUUAAACUUCUUAUUAUUGUAGAAGAGUUGUGUACAGAAUUAUAAAGACUAAGAUGUUUUAUGGCAAAAAAUAAAAAAUACAGCU